AUGAGGGGAACCUACCUGUGGAUAUUCUACUGCAGAACAAAGCACCUGCGGAUUCAGGACUCUUUCCCCUUUUUGAAGCUGCGUGCUGAACAAUUAGCAGACAAUUUUGUGCGUAAUUAUGGUGACACGAUUAAUGGUGUAAAAAAUGAGCUAAAGAUUAUGUGCAGUUUGUGUAACAUGUCCCUGAGGAUGGUUCAUGUGUCCCUCUGCGAAAGUGAGAACAGCGGGGGUGAGAGGACUGCCGAUGGAUGCGAGCGUAGCUUUGAUUGUAGCUUUGAUCGUACCUUUGAUCGUAGCUCUGAGCGUACCUUUGAUCGUAGCUCUGAGUGUACCUUUGAUCGUAGCUCUGAGUGUACCUUUGAUCGUAGCUCUGAGUGUACCUUUGAUCGUAGCUCUGAGUGUACCUUUGAGCAUAGCCCCGAACAUCGCCUCAGUGACGGUGACCAUGACGCCCCCGCGGAGAGUGACCAGCUAGAGCAAAAUACACAACCCGAAAAAAACGACCGUUCUAAAUUAGCAACCCAUCUAAUAAUUCACUACGUUAAAGAAUAUGUGAAAUAUGUUGCCCACUCUUUACUUCAUUUUUAUUUCUAUUUAUGUGACACAUUUUAUCGAACCCUUUCUGUGUUGUCAAAGAGCUAUUUAGAAUUUCCAAAGCAGUUCGAUUAUUAUGCGUCCAUUUCGGACAACCUCAUGACCAGCUUUGUUACGAUUUAUAAAAUCUAUAAACAAAGUAACUCUUCAGAAUUUUGCUUUAAGUUAGAUCAACUGGCAUUCUUGGGUUCGGGAUUCAUUUACGACAAAAGAGGAUACGUUCUCACGGCUGCACAUAACAUAACGGUAAAGGAAUGAAUGUCUAAUCCAAUUUUAAACUUAGACUCCAGCAGGGAAUUCUUGAAGCCAGGAGAACCAGUAAUCACGUAUGGACAAAUACAGAAUUUCGAUAAAGAGACCUACAGUAUCGGUGUCGUAAAUCAACCUAGACAGACCUUCACCAAAUUUGAAAACUUUUGUGAAAAGGAGCAAACCUGUUUGUACCCCUUUAUUCAAAUAAGCAAUCCGAUUAACAAAGGCAUGUCUGGCUCUCCACUAAUCGACAAGCAUGGAAAUCUCGUAGGAAUGAUACAAAAAAAAAUUGAUAAUUACGGGUUGGCCUUGCCCGUGAAUAUUUUAAAAAACAUCACAACCCACUUGCAAGAGGAAGGGACAUACAAGGAGCCAUUUCUGGGAAUUGUCUUGAGAGAAAAAGAGCAAAGUACCUCCGCAGUUUAUAAAAAUUGCAAAAAUGAACUAAAAAUAGAAGACGUUUUGGUUAACUCACCUGCGGACGUUGCCGGCAUAACGAAAGGAGAUAUCAUGUUGACGAUUAACAAUACGGGGAUUAAAAACAUUUGCGAUGUGCACGAAAUUUUGAACAGCACAUCGGAUGGUUACGUCACAGUCGACAUUAUCCGCCAUGGAAAAAACAAAAAAAUAAAAGUAAAAAAAAAUGUAGUAAAAAUGGAGCAAACGCGGGACACAAAAACGUGUUAAAUGCGAAGCGUAGUUAAAUCACCCUUCUCCCUUUUUUUUUGGGUGUUCUGCGUUAAUGUGACUCGUCUGUGUUGUUUCAUUCCAAAAAGGGAUACCACCAAACUUGUGAUGUUCUCAAAUUUCCGUCUUUUUGAAGACAUUAAAAAGAAGGAAGAUCUCGAAUAUAAGCCGUUCAAAAAUAUCAGCUUUAAUAAGCUUAAGACCAAUUUGAAAAACUUUCUUGUAAUCAACAAAAAGUUUAACAUAUCGGAUGUUAAGCAGGUUUCCUUUUUAGGAAAGUUUUACAAUUACGAGAAAAUUGAGAAUUACGGCGUAAAUGAAAUAUGCAUACUGGGCCGGAGCAACGUAGGGAAGUCAACCUUUCUGAGGAACUUCAUAAAAUACCUUAUCAACGUGAAUGAGCAUGCAACUGUAAAAGUUUCCAAGAAUAGCGGGUGCACUAGGUCGAUAAAUUUAUACUCUUUUGAAAAUGGCAAGAAAAAGAGGUUAUUCAUUUUGACGGACAUGCCUGGCUUUGGCUAUGCUGCAGGAAUAGGCAAAAAGAAGAUGGAGUUCUUGAGAAAGAACCUAGAGGACUACAUAUUUCUGCGAAAUCAAAUAUGCCUUUUUUUUGUUCUUAUCGACAUGAGCGUGGACAUACAGAAGAUUGACGUGUCCAUAGUGGACGCCAUAAAAAAAACGAACAUACCCUUCAGAGUCAUCUGCACAAAGAGCGACAAGUUCAGCACCAAUGCUGAGGAACGCCUUCAAGCAAUCAAAAAUUUUUAUCAGCUUGAAAAAAUCCCCAUACACAUUUCGAAAUUUUCGACACACAAUUACAUAAACAUUUUCAAAGAAAUUCAGCACCACUGCAAUUUGGACACCCCGUGA